AUGGGUCUGCGUGCCGGUCUGGGUCUUUCUUUUUGCCUUUCACAACUGACAACGUGGGGUGGUUUGGGUGGUUUUGCCCCCGACUUCUUAGUAGUGGCUUUUUUGGCGGGUCGCUCUUCUGCGCUGCCCGGCCCGUUACAAGUCUGGUCUGCUCGGGUUCCGUGUGUGAGGGCAGAAUGGCUAGGGGAAGGGGGCAGCUGGGCUGGUGCCAGCAGCACCAGCAGAGUCUCCUGCGAUCAGCAACCGGUUCGCAGGGUCUUUAGGGACUCUCAUGAAGCCAUUCCAGAUCCAUUCUCCUGCUGCUUUGCCUUCUGGUCUGAUCGUAACCUUCCUUACGCUGGAUACUGUAUGCCUGCGGUAAUACCGUUCGCUGUCUCGUAUGGUAAGCAGCGCGUGUCCGCUCGCUAUCCCGCAUUGGGACGUCAGGUGACACCACACCAUUCCCGAGUAGGUAAAAUGAGGGACGCUAGGGCGUCAUUGCCGGCCCUUGGCGUCACCGAGCCGUUUUGAUGGUGGAUUGACCGGGUCUUCGGAUCGGUACGGAUGUGUAUCAAUUCUUUCCUUCCCACUUCUGGCUGAUCUUCCGCGAAAAUAAAGUCCAUCUUA